GAAAAAGGAGGGGAAAAAUGCCGAGUCUUUUCUUCUUCGGGUUGAUGACCGUCUUCUUCCCGACGCCGCCACCAUCUUCAGGCGGCGCCGGAAGAGCACGCGAAGUUGGCGGCGAUGAGGGAGAUGAUCAUCACCUCCGGAAAGGACCAUGGACACAGUCAGAGGACCGGGUUCUCGCGGAUUAUGUACGUAAGAAUGGACCGGGAAACUGGAACGCAGUGCAGAAGAACACCGGACUGCCGCGUUGUGGUAAGAGUUGUCGUCUACGGUGGACGAACCAUCUGCGGCCCGACCUUAAGAAAGGAUCUUUCAACGCUGAGGAGGAAGCGAAGAUUCAUAGUUUGCAUGCUGCAUUGGGGAAUAAGUGGGCUCUAAUAGCUAAAGAGUUGCCUGGUCGAACUGAUAACGAGAUCAAGAACUACUGGAACACGAAAGUGAAACGAGAAAAACGAAGGCAUUCUCCUUUUACCCCUUACCCAGAGCUUUCUAGCUCCACUGUCAACUACGCUUCUCCUCAUGUGGAGUUCAUCCACCAAAACCAAUCGCAACAUUCCGUGAAUCUUGAUCCAGCCCAGGCGACAUUCUAUUCAGAUUACUGUUAUCCAGCCCUACAGGCACAACAACAACAUGGAGGACUGCAAGCGAUAGUACCCAUGCAAGAAGAUUACAGUUCUUGCCUUCAAUUACCUGCCCUGGAGUACAGAAAUGACUCUCCAUGUGCACGCGUCUAUUCCCCUCGGCAGCCGCAGUAUCCUUAUAUUUCAAAUGGUGACGUCGACGUCGUGGACAAUGAGAACUGGGUGCACAGUUAUGGAAUUCCUCAGUAUCCUGAGAACACAUUGAUUGGAAUGACAGGCUCAAUAGGAGCAGCGACGGCGAGGAGGGAAAGAACAGAAGAUUACACGGCAAAUGCAUUUGAGGAGGGAAUGCCACGAACUCCGUUCAUUAAUUCAAACCUAUCAGCACAACUGGAGCAGCAAGCAUGGCCUCAAAUUGCUGCAACAAGAAAUAACUCACUAACCGGUUCCAACCAAGAACAAUCUCGAUUACCAGAUAGAUUAGGUUAGGUUACUCCUUGUGAUUUUUUUGCCCUUCAUUUUCUGAGACCUCUUAUAUAUCACAUGUUGACGAGUAUGAUGUAAAUUGGUGAAUUUUGUUAGAGAUCGUUGUAACAUUUUUUUCAGAACAUUUAA